AUGAACGAAAGUGCAUCUCUCAGUGAACUCCUAAUAAAUUUCCUGCAGGUUCAACUUUUUGAAGCAAUUAACCUUCAUGAUCAAAUGGUAGUAUCUCAGCUCCAUGAGACUUUGAGAUGCAUGAAAAAAUUAAAAGCGGAUAGUCGCCUUGUACUGUUUACCGCUCUGGAAACAGAUUACAAUCGUCGCGAACCAUAUAUCACAUACUUGGUUAGAUGCCGUCAGUCGCUUUUGGCUACCCUGUCAUUUCUCGACAAGCAAAUACAAAGAAUCGAUAGCUUUAAAGGUAACUGUAAGUAUUACUUCACUUCCUUAUGUGUAAAGCUAUUCUUAGAGCAGUAUCAAGAUGACGUUAGAGAAUUUGUCAACAAUUUUCAAAACACUUCUUUAACCGAUGAAAAGAAUGAAUUACUAGAACAUUUCUUAGAUCAGCUUUACGAGAGAAUUAGCCAACACCCAAUAUGGCAGACCGCUAACGAUGAACAACUUGAAGAUGCCUAUAAUGCUGCAGAGCGUAGUAUAAUGAGUGAGAUAUACAUUUACGCAUUUUAUCCUCACAGAGAUGCAGAUUUACAUCGUGAUUUGGUAUUUCAUCAACACAUUGAAAGGUUACUGGAGUUUAUCACAGAAGACCAUGAAGCUCUACAAAUACCCAAGAUAUACAGAUCCCUAGCCCCAUGGCCUGCUGCACAAGAAGAGCUAGCAUCAAUAAAUGCAUAUAAGGCACCUCAAGAUAAAUUGCGAUGUAUUCAACGUUGUUGUUCAAAUAUUAUGGACCUGCUCAAGAUCGCUAAUGAAGCAUCAGUUCCCGGAGCGGAUGAUUUAGUGCCGGUUCUUGUUUUUGUCAUGAUAAAGGCCAAUCCACCCAGCCUAUUAUCUACUAUCGAGUAUAUAAAUGGAUUUUAUAAAAAUCGUAUUAGUGGCGAAGAGCAAUAUUGCUGGAUGCAAUUCUCAGCCGCCGUAGAAUUCUUGAAAACUUUAGCCUAA